AUGAUUUCAAAAUAUGGCCUCAGACACACAAGGUUGUUCAUGCAGCAUCCUUCAAAAGUGUUAAAACAGCCAGCAUUUGCAAGAGUAAUGGCUAACUCAAAUCCUAUUACAAGACAUUUCAGGUCAAGUAAUGUGCUUUGCAGUUCAAAGAAGGAUGAGGAUAAAUUAAAUAAUCGACUAAAAUCAUUGCCAAGUGACCAUGCUGCCAAUAUGUCUUCUGCAGAUCUCUUCGGGUUCAGAGAAGUGAAAAGAAAUAGCAUUAAGAACGAGAAAGGAAUUACAGAAAAAUUCGAAAUCUUAAAACAGGAAAGGAUUGAUAAAGAAAAGGACCAAAUUGAGCAAGGAUUUAAGAACAAAUCUUUUACUCAAAGCGAGAGAGAUGAGCUUUUGGAAAAACUAGACCAGAUUACUCAAUCUCAAGGGCCUGCCUCUCAAGGAUAUCCUGAGGACAGGAAAGAGCACCUCUGGAUUAUGCAAGGGAUGAAGGAAUAUUAUCUUGAAAAUCAGACUCUUGCUGAGAAAUUCAUCAAUGAUAAACAUUUUAAACAAGCUCAAAACAAUGUUGUGCAAGAUUUCAAUAGAAAAGGGACUAAUUAUCUUAAAAGACGCCAAAUUUCAGAGAAUCUAAACUUAGCUGAUAAAGGGCUAGAUAGUAAAGAGGAGAUCUUCCAUGCUUUGGGGAAAUUACUCGCAAGCUCUGAGAAGAAGUACCUCCCUAAGAAUGUGACUAAAGAACACUUUAAAGGAAGACUAGAUCUUCAGGUCGACAAUCAUUACCUUAACAUUCUUGAAAACCACCCUGACUUGAUCAGGAAAAAGCUGAAAGAAGUCCUAUUAGCCAAACUGAGGAGAACCCAGAGAAGACUCAAGACUCAGAAAGAGGACGAAUCAGCUUUGGUUGGAGAAGAUGAAUUUAUAGGAGAAGACGAAGUAAUUAUUAACCACAAAUUAGAGCCAGAAGAUCAAAUUCAACAUGAGAUCUUAGAACCAUCUUCUAUAGAGAAUGAGGAUUAUGUACCCUCCAGGAUCAAUGAGUAUGAUCUACAUAAGCUUACUCAUGGAGAAGAUGCCAAGAGAUCUCCAGUUAGUUAUGAAGAAGAGUUAAUUCAGAAAGCCGAUAAGGCCCAGGAAGUCUUGAUGCAUAAUAGAAAGAUGACUCAAGAGUACUACAAAGGAGUUGAAGGGAUUGAUUUCACUACUAUCGAUUAUAGAAAUGAUAUUAGAAUCCUUUUCAAUAAGUACCAAUUGAGAGAAGCAGCAGAGAAUCCAGAAUUUAAUACCCCUGAAAUGAAGGAAUUCAGAAAAAUUUUGGAUGAAUUCAACCCUGAAGAAAUGCCUCCAUAUCCAGGAAGUCCUACAGGAGCUACGAAGGAGGAAGACCCACAUGCGUUCUUUGAGUGGGCUAUUAGAAAUCUCCCUCCAAGUCUUAAUGAGAACUUGAGAAAGUUUUAUAAUGUGAGAGUUAAAGGCAAGAAGAAGGAUACCAACGAGAAGACAAUGAAAGGAGUCAGGAAGCAUCAUGGUACUGAAUGGUACUACUUCAUGAACACUGACAAAAAGUUCAGACUUGAAGACCAGGAUAGCAUGCCUUCUUGGGAUAUCGUGGAAGACCCAAACCUCAUCGAAUACAGCUACAGUUCUAUGAAACCAGCUCAAGAACUGGAUGUUGACCCAGAAUAUUGCUAUGACUAUGAUGACACUGAUAGAAUGAUCGACCCGAUCGAUCUCUCUAAAUUUGGGUACAAUAGCAAGGGAGAUAGGAUAAAGUUGAUGGAUAUUACAGAUAUUCCAAAUAACUUCGACUGGGAAUACACCCAAAAUUGCUUGAAGACUGAAAGAUGGGCAACCUUCAGAUACGCUCCAAACCUAUUCUAUCAGUUUGCUCACUUAAAGAAGGAGAUCAAGAUACUGACUCGCAGACAUGGAGAUGUUGAAACUCCUUCCUUGUGGGCUUACUUCGAGACUAUGCCUUCUUGGGCUACUGACCAUCCCUUUGUUAGACAGGUGCUGAUGGGGAUUGAAUAUAACAAGCCAUUCGAGAGGCUGAAGGAUAAGGAACUAGCAUUAAACUUUGCAAUGUCUCUCUUAAAGCCUAUUGAUAAGGACACCGAGAAGAUACUGCUUAUUAUGAACGAUACUCGUAGAGUUAAGAUGAAUUAUGAACGUGGUAGACAGAUGAUGACUGAGAUUAAGCCAUGGGACCUUGAAUUCGGCCAACUUGGUUCCCCAGCCCACGCCAAUAUGGAAGAUAACCAGGAGGAAGAAGAGGCUGAGGUCAAGAAAGAUGCUAAAAUUGAAGAGUUUGAAGCGCUUCAGGCUGCAGAAAAAGCCAAGAGAAAGUCUAAAGUUAUUGAUGAGACUGAAGCAAUUAGGUCUUUCCAAGUUGAUGAUGGAGGUCAAGAAGGUCUCCAGGACUUCUUGAUUAAGCCAAACCCAGAUCCUUAUGAGAUUGGUCAGGAGAGUGAGGAUAUGCUGUAUCCUAUCAAUUAUUAUGACAAUGAUGACGGGUUCUGGGAUGACCAUAUAGAUGCAAAGCAGAAUCAAUACGACCAAACUCCAUUUAUGACCAAGAGGCUUUUCUUGAAGCAUUAA